CAGUUACGAGCCCAUGUCGUUUACAUGCACGCUCAUAAUUAAACCUCCCAACCACCCUAUAAGGGUAUUGUGAUUGCUAAAUACCACAAAGGAACAAGUGAGAAUUGUGAGAUUCUAUAACACAAGAAAGCCUCUUGGGCGGUCCCUCAGCUUUCAUAGGAAGUUGUCAUCAACUCAGAAAAGCAAAAAUCUUCAACAUCUGUGGAAUACUACGUGAGAAGUUUGGGGUGCCAUGUCGAAGAAACGCAAGUGGGACGAUGACUAUGUUCGUUACUGGUUCACCUGUAUGACAGAGAUUGAUGGAACUCAGCGCCCACAGUGUGUGUUGUGUAACUCGGUGUUUUCAAAUGCUGACCUCCGGCCAUCAAAACUGUCUGACCAUUUUAACAGGCAGCAUGGUGGUAUAGGUGGGCAUGAUCUCAGUAGCCUGAAACACGUGCCAGCACAAGCUGAUCAGAGUGAAACCCUGAAAACCUUUGGGGUUGCAUCUCAGGAAGAUGCCUUACUACAGGCAUCAUAUCAGUUUGCAUAUUUAUGUGCCAAGGAGAAGAAUCCUCAUACAAUAGCUGAAAAAUUAGUGAAACCUUGUGCACUGGAAAUAGCACAAAUAGUUUUGGGACCAGAUGCACAAAAGAAGCUUCAGCAGGUACCCUUAUCAGAUGAUGUAAUCCAUUCUAGAAUUGAUGAAAUGAGCCAGGAUAUCUUACAGCAAGUUCUAGAAGAUAUCAAAGCCAGUCCUCUUAAAGUGGGUAUUCAGCUUGCAGAGACAACAGACAUGGAUGACUGCAGUCAGCUGAUGGCAUUUGUACGGUACAUAAGAGAGAGAGAGAUUGUAGAAGAAUUCCUGUUCUGUGAACCACUGCAGUUAACAAUGAAGGGAAAAGAUGUGUUUAACCUGUUCAGAGACUUCUUUUUGAAACAUAAGAUAGCACUCGAUGUAUGCGGCUCUGUUUGUACUGACGGUGCCUCUUCUAUGCUAGGAGAAAAUUCAGAGUUUGUUUGCUGUGUGAAAAAAGAGGUACCUCAUAUCGUGAUCACACAUUGUUUGUUGAACCCUCAUACACUUGUCACAAAGACAUUGCCUACAAAACUGAGGGAUGCUCUUUUUACUGUGGUGAGGGUAAUAAAUUUUAUCAAAGGGCGAGCGCCAAAUCAUCGCCUGUUUCAGGCUUUUUUUGAAGAAAUUGGAAUAGAGUAUAGUGUUCUCCUUUUCCAUACUGAAAUGAGGUGGCUUUCCCGAGGCCAAAUACUUACUCAUAUUUUUGAAAUGCAUGAAGAAAUAAAUCAGUUUCUUCACCACCAAAGCAGCAAUUUAGUUGAUGGCUUUGAAAACAAAGAGUUUAAAGUUCACCUCGCAUACCUUGCAGAUUUAUUCAAACACCUAAAUGAACUUAGUGCAUCUAUGCAAAGGACUGGAAUGAACACAGUAUCAGCUAGAGAGAAGUUGUCUGCCUUUGUUAGGAAGUUUCCAUUUUGGCUAAAGCGGAUUGAGAAAAGAAAUUUUACCAACUUUCCUUUUCUUGAAGAAAUUGUUGUUUCCGAUAAUGAAGCUUUAUGCAUCGCAGCUGAAAUAACACUGCACCUGCAACAGCUGAGCAGCUUCUUCCAUGGCUAUUUCUCUGUUGGAGAUCUUGAUGAGGCAAGUAAAUGGAUACUGGAUCCAUUUCUUUUUAAUCUGGACUUUGUCGAUGAUGGUUAUGUAGUGAAAAAUGACCUUGCUGAAUUACGAGCUAGUGGCCAAAUCCUAAUGGAAUUUGAGACAAUGAAGCUUGAGGAUUUCUGGUGUGCUCAAUUCACAGUGUUUCCCAGCCUGGCAAAGACAGCGCUAGAAAUCCUUAUACCAUUUGCAACUACAUACCUUUGUGAGUUGGCAUUUUCAUCACUUUUGCAUUUUAAAACAAAGCCCAGAAGCUGCUUGAAUAUGAGUGAUGAUAUCCGUGUGGCUAUUUCCAAAAAAGUUCCUCGUUUCUCAGAUAUCAUUGAACAAAAACUACAGCUGCAGCAGAAGUCACUGUAAAAUGACAAACUUUUUGUGUAUAAUUUUUAACAUAUUCUCAAGUCCAUUGUAAAAUUAAGCUAUAAUUCUCUCUCUUUUAUAUUUAUGAUAUACCAAAUCCUAUGUUUUAAAAGUUUAGCAUUUUUAACUUUCGAUUUUCUUGUGAGAUGUGAAAAUAUGUUUUGAGAAUAAGAGCACAAGCAGCAGAAAAGAUUAAGUGCUAUUAAUACAUAGGAUUCUUCUAGGUAUCUGUUUAGCCUUUUGAUGUGAUGCAUAUAAAAAAGACACCCAAGCACUGGAAUAUCCAAGCUACCUGGUAUAAUAGGCUAUGAAUAGAGCCAAGAGAAAAAGAGAAGACAUCCCAGAAUAUACCAUCUCAUGUUAAAAGUCAAAGUCAAAGGAUGAAAUGACAUACUGAGUCCUCCCAUGUCCUUGAGGGUUGUUUUAGGGAGGUAAUGUUAUCAGAAGAGGAUUAUGAAAUAUAAUAGUGAAAGAAAGGAUGAUCCUAGUUAAUAUAAGAUUUAUUUUUACAUGUAUUAUUUGGAGUUAGUCUCAAUGUCCAUUCCUCUAGUUCUAUGCUCUAAAUUCCAUGACACUAAUAAACAUCCUGAUGUCUUGGUA